AAACUUUGACCUUUCUCGUUAGACUGAUCUUUCACCUUGGUAGUUUUGCAUGUGCACUUGCCAAGUUGGCACUUGUUGACUGAUGCUCAUUAAAGGCUAGAAAUAAAUUACCUAUAAGAUGAAGGCAUUGAUUCUUGUUGGAGGGUUUGGGACAAGGUUACGACCUUUGACCUUAAGCAGACCUAAGCCUCUUGUGGAGUUUGGUAAUAAACCAAUGAUUUUGCAUCAAAUCGAGGCACUUUCAGAGGCUGGUGCUAAACAUAUAAUAUUAGCUGUUAGUUAUCUGUCAGAUAUGUUGGAAACGGAGCUCAAGGUCCAAGAAGAGAAGCUGGGUAUCAAGAUUACAAUGUCACAUGAAGAAGUUCCUCUUGGUACAGCUGGUCCAUUGGCGUUAGCUAAGAAAUGGCUAAGUGAAGACGACGAUCCAUUCUUUGUACUUAACAGUGACAUCAGUUGUGAUUUUCCAUUCAAGGAAAUGAUAGAUUUUCACAGAAAACAUGGCAAAGAGGGGACUAUUGUGGUGACCAAAGUAGAAGAGCCUUCCAAAUAUGGUGUGGUAGUGUACGACACAAACUGCAAGAUUGAAAGUUUUGUAGAAAAACCACAAGAGUUUGUAUCUAAUAAAAUUAAUGCAGGUCUUUAUAUAUUCAAUCCAGCAAUAUUAGACAGAAUAGAGCUCAAACCAACAUCUAUAGAGAAAGAAGUAUUUCCUAAUAUGGCACAAGAUGAUGAGUUGUAUGCUUUUGAAUUGAAAGGUUUCUGGAUGGAUGUUGGUCAACCUAAAGACUUUUUGACUGGCAUGUGCCUUUAUUUAACACAUCUUAGAAACACAGCAGCAGAGAAACUAGCAGAAGGCCCAGGAAUUGUCGGCAAUGUGUUAGUGGAUCCAAGUGCCAAGAUUGGUGCCAACUGUCGUAUUGGACCAAAUGUCACAAUAGGUCCAGGUGUUGUAAUUGAAGAUGGUACAUGUAUUAAGCGCAGUACUGUAUUGAAAGAAACUCGUAUAAAAUCCCAUGCUUGGAUUGAGUCAUCUAUUAUUGGAUGGAAGUGUGUUGUUGGACAGUGGGUCAGAAUGGAAAAUGUUUCUGUGUUAGGAGAAGAUGUUAUAGUACAAGAUGAAUUAUAUGUGAAUGGUGGACGUAUUCUUCCUCAUAAGUCUAUUGGCAGUUCUGUAGCAGAUCCUCAAAUUAUCAUGUAGUUUCCAUGGUGAUGUGAAAUUUGUUUUUCAAAUUAUCAACUUUUUGUGAUUACCACAAUUUUUUCAAAUCUAUAAAAUCUAUUACAUUGUAUAUUGAUGAAUAUCAUUUCAUAUUAUGGACAUGUAUAUAGCGAUGGUUUUUACAUCGUAAUUGUAUCGAUAAUUUUUAAAGAGAUGAAGUACAGGGUUCGUCAUUCAGGGAUUGGUGUAUGCAUGGGUGGGUGGGUGGAGCUGCAGAUAGUUCUAGUAUUAUUUCUUAUUAGUAUUAUCGUCUUGUUUCCUGGAAACAUCUUUAAUAUUAUGAAAUUGUGUAGCAGUGACAGGGAUAAAAGUCAUAAUGAAUUGGUCUUUAAUUUCCAUCUAAAUUGAUCUGUCAUUUGCUGGACUUGUAACUAUGACCACAUGUGCAUCUUUUGAAACUUGGAUACAUGGGAGAAGACAAAGUUUUAUAACAUGUUGUGAGCAACAGGGAAAAAGUAAUUUCAUUGUGUUUGUUUAUGUAGGUUUAGCUCAGAAGAAUUUGUCACGGGAUUAGUGUAUUUCAUAUUUCAGAAGCACAACUCUGAUAUAAGUGCUACUUCAUAAAACAAACAAUGAAUUUAUGGUAUACCUUUUUGAUUUAAUCAUACUAAUACCAUCCCAAAGUGCUUUAUUUCAAGUUCAGUCUAACCUUCUUGUACUAAUACAGUAGGAUUGUCAAUCCUAAAAUGCCAUGUUAGUUGGUCGCUAUUUUAUCUAAGAGCUGACCAUGUUGAAAAUCAGAGAGCGAGUGUAAUAUAAAAAAAUAAGUUUAUUUUAUUUUAUUAAGUUACAAAUGAUUGUAAUAGUUCAGGGUGAGAGUAGUGACAUUUUAGGAUCAAAUACAAUGUUAUGAGGGGUUUUGUGAGUUGAAGAGGGAGCAUUGGUGUUCUUAUGAACCACCAAUGGGGAAGGGCCUGGAACAUUUACAAUAUUCUGAGGUAAUCAUUGCAGUGCUGACACUCGGAAGUCAUUCAUCCAGUACAUUCCAUAUUUGCAUUGGUCAGAUGCUCAUAAUGUUAAACACCAUGUAAUAUGUGAUAUCGUCCAAAUCUCAGAAUAGAUGAGAAAUGUGUUUCCCAGGCUAUAAUAAAGGGGUGGGAAGAUUUUAAUUGCUCUUGGCCAGUCAGAUUUUGAGAUGAAGGGAAUCAAUUACAUAAUGUUUUUAAGAAUGUAUGGAUGGGGAAAUAAAGAGCAUAUGAACAUCAA